UUAGAGAAGUGUUAAACAGAUGUUCCUGGUUUUAAAGUGAGGACAAAAAAGAGUGAACUCUUAUCAAACCAUGAAAAUCUGUCAGUUUGAUCUUCUUCUUUCUCACACUUCAAGAUGGAAACACUGGUCUCAUCAGUGGAGAAAUCCCAGUUUAUGAAAAAACUGAAGGAGAAACAAUCACAGUUAAAUGCACAUUCAAAUGGUCUGGUUUGGGCACACCAAAGAAGAUGUUCUGUAGGAAUGAAUGUGAAAAUGGAGACAUCCUUGUAGAGACAUCGGAUAAGAGUGAUCGAAAAGGAAGAUACAGCAUCAGGCUAGGAUCAUCUGGUAAAGUCAUGUAUGUGUCCAUCAGACAACUGAAGGAGUCUGACACUGGUCUGUACCAGUGUGUUUUGGAAAGGUUUGGACCAGAUGGGUACAAAGACUUUAGGAUUACAGUAACAAAGGCUUCACUGACGCUCGAACCGACCACUUUACCAACGGCUUCAGCUUCAGCUAUGACUGAGCUGAGUUUCAGCUCCAGUUCAACCUCUGAGUCUGAACAUCAGCAGACGAUGAAGGUAGUUCCAGGUCCAGCACUUCAAGAUGGAAACACUGGUGUCGUCAGUGGAGAAAUCACAGUUUAUGAAAGAACUGAAGGAGGAACAGUCACAGUUGAAUGCACUUUUAGUUGGUCUCUUGUUGACGAUAAAAAGAAGAUGUUCUGUAGGAAUGAAUGUAAAAAUGGAGUUGUCCUUGUUGAGACACGGACUGAGAACAGACAAGAAGGAAGAUACAGCAUCAGGCUAGGAUCAUCUAAAGAUUUCAUGUCUGUGACCAUCAGACAGCUGGAGAAGACUGACUCUGGACGGUACCAGUGUUUUUUGGAAGGGACAAUCUACAAUGAGCACAAGGAAUUUGAGAUUAAAGUAACAAAGAAAUCUGUAGUGGACGAUAAGACUCCAAAACCAUCUUCAACUCACCGACCAUCUGUCAGCAAGCGAGUGCCCACUUCUGCUUUAACUACAACUUCAGCUUCAGUUUCAGCUUCGAGUGAGUUGAGUUUCAGCUCCAAGUCGACCCCUGAGUCUGAAAAACAGCCGACGCCGAUGGCAGAUAAAGGUUCAGGGAUUCUGCUGUACGUGGGUCUGGUUCUGGGUGUUAUAUUCAUCCUGUUUAUAGCAGCUCUGCUGGUAUUAUGCAGGAACAAGUCCAACAAACCAAAAGAGCCUCAAGUGGACAUGGAGUACACUUCUGUCGCAGAGGCUAACAUAGUGUAUGACGAGAUCAAGGAGGACAGACAGAAUCAGUCUAAUCCAGUGGAAAUAUCAGUGGUUCACGCUUCUGCCAAGUUCACCACACAGACUGCAGUCCCAACAUCUGACAUCUACAGUUUAGCCGCUGCAGCCGAAUCUCAGGACAAAACUGCAGAUGCCUCAGAGACCCUCACCUACUCUGAGGUGAAUUUUUCCAAUCGGACCUCCUCCUCGCUCAGCAGCGCCCCUCAGAGUCACCCUCCUGAAGUGGUUUACUCUGCUGUUUCCCCUCCUCUGUAUUCCACUGUCAAUCAGCCACGGCAGUAGCUUCACUGAGGCCAAGCUCCAACCUGUGUCAUAGGAAAAAAAAAAGGUUCUCAACCAGUGGUGUCAAACGUAGAGGGGAUCAGUUUGUGGAAUGCAAAAUUUACACUGAAGAUAUUGACAGUCAUGGGUGUCAAAAUCAUUUUAGUUCAGGUGCCUCAUGCAGCCCAAUUUGAUCUAAAGUGGGUCAGACCAGUAAAAUACUAUCAUAAUUACUU